AUGACUUCGAACACGAUAGAUGCAAGCUCGCUUCCAAAUAAUAAUAACAAUUCUUUUCACAUAAACAUUAAUCCUGACAAUGUCCAACAACCUAUGCCAUCAAUGCAACAACAGUACUAUCCUCCGCUCCAAUAUGCUCAGUCCCCUCAUCCAUCCCCCGCUUCUAAUCCAUCAAGUACAAGUACUGCCAGCCCAAUUAUCACCACUAAUGUCAAUCCAAAUAUCAACGUUCAAGUAUCUUCUUCAGGUGGUUAUAAAUGUCAAUAUUGUAACAGCACAAAUUCUCCCGAAAUUAAAUAUUAUCCAGGUGUAAGAUCUUUCGUUGCUGGAGUAUUAUUAUGUUGUGUCUUUCCUCCUUUAUUCUGGUUGCCGUGCGUAUCUAGUUCAUUUAUGGAUGAAACUUCCACAUGUCCGGAUUGCCGCCGUAAACGUGAAGUACAGAGGUCAUGGACUGGUUAUGCUAUUAUCUUAGGUGUUGUUGCUGUUGGAAUCAUCAUUACUAUUAUUAUAGUGGCAGUAUCAGCAAAUGCAA